AAUUUGAUUAUCCAGAAUUUACGUUUACUAUAUAAAGUCUAACCUAAUAGACCAUUCGGGAAAUUCUACAGUGCAGAUGCGUUAACUAAAGAUUUUAUUUUGCAGGAUAAUUUGACCGCAGUUCUCAACUGCAUUGAAAUUCCUCGUACCAAACUAAGGUGGAGUUUGUGUGAGCCUUUGCACGUAGCAUUUUCCGAGGAUAGAACCAGCCGCUAGAUGGUGAGCCGAGGACCGAUCACACACCGAGGAUAAGAGCGACUGGAGAUUGGGGCUGUCCUAAACAGUACCAACGCACCGAGCAGGGAGACACCUUUGGAGAGUUUACGAGCGGGAGUUGGGGAUACACAGGACUGCUUUUGUGCCACGGUUCCAAGACAAGUGGUCUCAUCAUUUCGUAUGUCCAGGAUGGAGCGACGGUGUUGGUGGUGUUUACCGGUAUUGAGCUGCCUGCUCCAGAUUUUCUCAGCCCACAGUGACUUUUACACAUCCAUCGGUCACAUGACAGAUCUGUUGUACACAGAGAAAGACUUGGUCACUUCACUGAAGGAUUAUAUCACGGCAGAGGAGAACAAGCUGAAGCAGGUCAAACUGUGGGCAGAGAAGCUGGAUGUGUUGUCAGCCACAGCCGUGCAGGAUCCCGAGGGCUUCCUGGGACACCCGGUCAACGCCUUCAAACUGAUGAAGAGGCUGAACACAGAAUGGGGAGACCUGGAGAGCCUGGUGCUAAAGGACACCACAGACGGCUUCAUCUCUAACCUGACCCUCCAGAGGAAACACUUCCCUACAGACGAGGACCAGACAGGCGCAGCCAAGGCCCUUCUCAGACUGCAGGACACUUACAGGCUGGAUACCAACAUCAUCUCUACAGGAGACCUGCCAGGAGUGACGCACAAGAGCCCUAUGACGGUGGAGGACUGCUUUGAGCUGGGGAAGAUUGCCUACACCGAGGUGGACUACUACCACACUGAGCUGUGGAUGGAGCAGGCCCUGAAGCAACUGGACGAAGGAGAGGAGUCCACCGUGGACAAGGUUACCGUGCUGGACUACCUCAGCUAUGCCAUCUACCAGCAAGGGGAGCUAGGCAGGGCCCUGGAGCUCACCAAGAGGCUGCUCAUACUGGACCCGGAACACCAGCGUGCCAACGGCAACCUGAAGUACUUUGAGUUUCAACUGAUAAAGCAGAGGAAGGCCCAGGCCGAGGAGGCCCAGAAGACCCAGAAUAAGGGCAAGGGGCGAACGAAGAGACAGACGAGUGAUGCCUCCAAGAAGAAGAUGCGCUUCAGGGAGCCUGUCCCAGAGAGGAAGAUGUAUGAGAUGCUGUGUCGAGGGGAGGGCAUCAAGCUGACCCCCCGCAGACAGAGCCGGCUUUUCUGCCGUUACUAUGACAACCACAGUCACCCCAGGUACCUGUUGAGCCCGGUGAAGCAGGAGGACGAGUGGGACCGGCCCUACAUCGUCCGUUACCAUGACAUCAUCUCUCACAGCGAGAUCGAGAAGGUCAAAGAGCUGGCCAAGCCCAGGCUCCGCCGGGCCACCAUCUCCAACCCCAUCACUGGUGUGCUCGAGACUGCCCCCUACAGGAUCAGCAAGAGUGCAUGGCUGACAGCGUAUGAACACCCAUUGAUUGACCAGGUCAACCAGCGGAUUGAGGACCUCACAGGACUGGAGAUGGACACUGCAGAAGAGUUGCAGGUUGCAAACUACGGUGUGGGAGGGCAGUAUGAGCCACACUUUGACUUUGGACGGAAAGAUGAGCCUGAUGCCUUUAAAGAGCUGGGAACUGGAAACCGCAUAGCAACCUGGCUCUUCUAUAUGAGUGAUGUGGCAGCAGGAGGUGCUACAGUUUUCCCAGAUGUGGGUGCUGUAGUAUGGCCGAAAAAGGGGACUGCAGUGUUCUGGUACAACCUGUUUCUCAGUGGAGAGGGAGAUUACAGUACUAGACACGCAGCCUGCCCAGUACUGGUGGGCAACAAGUGGGUAUCAAACAAAUGGAUCCAUGAACGAGGGCAGGAGUUCAGACGACCCUGUGGCCUGAAUGAGACUGCAUGAUGAAGGGUGAAGGCUUUCCUUCCACAUCCCUCCUCCUCUUUCCCACUGUUCCUCUUGAACCCCGGGACCUGAGAACACUUCUGCAAACACUUCAGUCUAUGAAAAGGGGGCCAUGGGCAUCCCUCCUCCUCCUCUUCCUCCCUCCCUCCUUUAUUCGCUCCUUACCCCCACUCGGUUCCCCUCUGAGCCCAGGAUGUUUUGGGGCUUUCAGUUUGGACAGUACUAGUGGUGUUCUGACUGACAUGGUGAUCUCAAGACUGUUGGAUAUGUCUCAAAUGAACACGUUGUGUGUUCACUCUUUAUGGGCUCUGUGUGUACACAGCUCAAAUGGUUAUUUCAGAGUGCAGGUUCUGGAGAUGACGGCAAAUCUAGCUCUGUUCUAGUGUAAUUCAUAUUUAGUCUCUGCUCCUCUCUACAUGAAUGAGUCCAUAGUAAGCCAUGGACUUUUUUGUCAUUUCAGGUCAAUGUUCAAUCAACGUCUUAUUUCAAGUCACUCCAGUUUAUACUAACAUAACUCUUUCACAAAGACACCACACACACAGACAUACACUCCAACACUCCCACGUACUGCGCAGACAAUCUUAUCUGAUGUUUAUCUGUUUAUAGCUUGGGGUGUAAUUUGUUUACUGUUUUUCUUUAUGCAAUACUAUCUGGGGGCCUCAAGGAAGAAAGAUUAUAUUUAUAUCUGACAAAAUUCCCCCAUGUUGUGUUUGUAUGUCCUUUCAAAUGUGCAGGAAUCUUUUUGGAAGUGUGAAAUGUAUGUUUUCUACAGAAAUCAAGUAUAUUGCUGCCCACCUGA